AUGACUACCCUCGUACGAGCUCGAAAUCCUCUAGAAACUCUGAAAAUGAGCCAACAACCGGCGACGCGAAGAAGGAGUAAAAGAUUGGCUAGUUAUGAUGAAGAAGAUGGAGAUUUUCAAUUCACGCGUGUAUCCAAGAAGGCCAAAACUACUGUAUCUGUUCCAGAUCCAAUACCAGAGGCACCGCCCGUAACGACGACGGUACCUAGGAGGACUAAAAAGGCAGCCCGCGAGCGCGAAAGCCACAAUGUUGCACCGGCGUCAUCACCUCCUUUCAAGAAAACGAGAGCAGCACCCAGAACAAAUCUUUCAACGCCGAAAGAAUCGAGGGUAGAGAAGGUACAGAAACCCAAGAAUGAAGUCGAACCGAAACGGGCAACUAGGAAAAGUACGCGUUUAUCGACGGAGAAAUUUCAAAAUGGGGACAAUAAUUCAACCAAUGGAAGCCGGGAUUACGACAACAGUAUUGAUAUGAUUGGUGGUGCACCUCAACCAGAGGAAUCGAACAGGUCAACUAUAGAAGCUCCGAAUAACACACACUCUACGGUCAUUGCCUUGCCAUUUAGCGAUACCCCAAUUAUCAAUCGAAAUAAGGAAUUGCGAAAGAAAGGUGGGACGGGUCAGAGGAGGAGUAGCUUGGGUAUGCGUGGGAGGAGGGCGAGUUCACUCAUUGACAGUGGAUAUAGCGCAAUACCCCACAAAGAGGUCGAAACCUCACAAUUUUACAAACAUAUUGAGGAUGGACUACCUGAGCCGAGAAGGAUGAAACAGCUCUUGACCUGGACGGGCGAAAGAGCUCUGCCGGAAAAACCUGCGCAUGGCGAUCCGAAUAGUGGUGCAAAAUUAGCAGCGAGAGCAAUAUCUGAAGCUCUUCUCAAAGACUUUGGGACUAAUAACACAUUUUCGAACUGGUUCGAUCGGGAAGAAAAACAGCCGACCAGGAUAACGAAAGUGGUCAAGAAACCCAAUCCUAAGAACCUCGAAGCAGAAGAAAACAUACAGGCUUUAGAAGCUCGAGUCAAACAACUAGAAAUCGAAAAAUCGCAAUGGAUAUCCUACAAAAAGCCCACUGCCCCUCUUCCACCCCUCUUCCCUGAUACGCAUGACGAAGCAAAUCCGCUUUCCCCCACUCAUAUAGAUCCUACUCUUCUAGACCCCGAACAAUCUGCCAUUCUCUCCCUAAUAACGUCCUCGUCAUCUUUGUCCCUGCGCGACAACGCUUCGGAAAGACUCAAGGAUAUUCAUCAAGAAAUCGAAGGGAAAGUAGAUUGUUUCUUGGACGGCAUACACAAAAUUGAACGAUAUGCGGAAACAGUAGGAAGGGUCGCGGAUAAGAUAUUGGCUUUGAGUGCGGUGAGGCUGGAGGAGAGGGAGAGGAGGGAGAGGGAGGUAGUGGGGACGAGAGAUGUGCCAAUGGUAGAGGUGCUGAGGAGUUUGAGCAGGAUUCUUCCCGAGGGGAGCACGAGGUAA